CUCCGCCCACUGGAGAACUAAACGCGUCAACUGUUGAGGUUUUUGGAGAGUUUGUGCUUUCUUGCGUUCUUUGGCAGUUUAUAGGACAUGAGUGAAGAUGAAUGAGGAUGCAUUCGAGGUUCCAGAGAGAACCGAGUACCGCUACUUGGUACAGGAGGAGGAUGAGGAGGAGGUGCAGUAUGUGCGUCACAGACACUACAUCAGCCCCUUCCUGGUCCUGUCCAAACGCUGCAUCUUCCUCAUCUGCCUCGGCGUGCUCGCUCUGCUCGCUCUGGCCGCCUACCUGGGUUACAUAGCCCAGACGCUGCCACCGGGACUCGCCCAGGUGUCAACUGACUGUGGCGACUUUAGAGGAAGAUAUAAAAAUGGAGCCUACUCCUUUAAAGGCAUGUCCUACGCUGCUCCACCUGUUGGUGGCCUGCGCUGGGCUCCUCCAGUUGAACCGGUAUGCAAGAGUGGGGUUAUCGAUGCGGGCCACUUUCGCAGCAUGUGUCCUCAGGUGAGGCCCUUGUCGAGCACGGGGAAGGUGAUGGGCCAGGAGGACUGCCUGUUCAUCAACGUUUGGACCCCCACCCUGCAGCCUGACGCCAAGCUUCCCGUCAUGGUGUGGAUCCACGGAGGAUACCUGCACAUGCUCAGCGGAGGAGAGAAGGGAUACUCGCCUACGGAGAAGCUCGCCGCCGACACAAAAGUGGUUUACGUCAGCUUCAACUACAGACUCAAUGCCUUUGGCUUUCUCGCCCUACAGAUGCUGAGAGAAGGUUCUCCAAGAAACACCUCAGGGAAUUAUGGCUUCCUGGAUCAGAUUGCAGCUCUGAAGUGGGUUCAGAAGAACAUCCGUGUGUUUGGAGGAGAUCCUGGCAAAGUUACCAUAUUUGGACAGAGCUCAGGUGGAACGUCAGUGUGGACCCUGAUGAUGUCACCAUUAGCCAAGGGUCUCUUUCAUGCAGCAGUGGACAUGAGCGGCUCGUACAUUUACAAUGCGACCCUGGAACAAGCCGAGGUGGACAACCUGGCGUUCCUGAAUAAGACGGGCUGCGGAGAUCUGGCCUGCCUGAGGCGCCUCUCUAUCGGACAGGUCCUGCAGGCCAUCCCAUGGCAGGAGUACCCCUCCUGGGCAGCAGAUGAGAUGACUGACCUCCCCACCAAAGGGAAAUCCAUCGGCCCGGUUGCAGUAGUGGACGGCUACGUCCUCAAAGCGCCCCCUUUUGAGCUGUGGGAGAAGAAAGGAGAGCACAGUGACGUCCCUUUCCUUGUCGGAACAACAGAGCAAGAGGCUGACUUCGCUCCUCCAUCUACAAACAUCUCCGAGUGGACCUGGGGGGACUACACGUGGUUCGUAACAGCUAAACUUAAGUCAUUCGGCGACGGUCUCGUCAAGGAGGCGUUGCGGCUGUAUCCAUCUUCAGCCUGGUGUCCAACCAAAGACCGCUGCCCAGAGAGGUCCUAUACCACCAUGGUGUCUGACAUCAGGGUCACCUGUCCCAACAACGACCUGGCCCAGAGGGCUGCAGCUGCUCUCAAAAGUCCGGUGUAUCGCUACGUGGUGAGGCACACGCCAUCCGGACCUGUCAACACAUCCAGCGACCUGCUGCCAUUCCCCAGCCGCUUCUCCUUCCACUGUCUGGAUGCCGUGGCAUUCUUUGGAGGGCUGGAGUUCAUUUUAGGGAAACCUCUCUCCGAUAAGGACCGGCGCUUUCAGGAUCUCAUCACACGCAAUCUCGUCAGCUUUGCCAAAACAGGUAAGGUGGAGACAAAGUGGUCCGAGUACCCAUCAGCCAUUGCUUUCUUGUCCGACAUCCUUGAGGUGGACAGUAACUACACCUCUCCUCAGUGUGAUCUGUGGAGGAAGAACGGCCUGUAUGCCUACGCCUGGAUGAACUGAGCACAGACGGCAGCUGGAAGUCACUUUGCAGUUUCUCUGCUUUGUCUCUCAUCCAGCUCAAAUCCCACAGCAGCCGCUGUUAGUUUGAAUCCUCAACAGAGAUGAAACGUUUGUUUGAGGCAGCGUUUGAUUGCUCAAUCUUAAAUCUAUUAUUUUAAAGUCCAGCAACGAGCCAUAUUUGUGUUUUAAAUAAUUUCUCACUUCAUUCCUAGUUUAAGUUUGUGUGGUUUUUUUUUCCAGUUACAUUUCCUAUCUUGGCCAGGUCUCCCUUGAAAAAGAGGUUUUUAAUCUCAAUGGGAUCUUCCUGGUUAAAUAAAGGUUAAUAAAUAAAUUUCAGUUAGAGGUGCAGGGAAUUCUGGCUGAUCCACAGGAUGUCGCUAUGGACCGUUUUAAAACUAACAGCUUUAUAUUCAAGGAAGCUUAACUUGUUUGCAUUAGAGCGAGGUGAGAAAGACUUAACAGACUCUGGGUCUGCAUAGAGUAACUGUACAUUAAACUAGGUGUGUAAGUGUAAUGGAGCAGACCAAUGGGAGCUGCAGUGAACUUGGGUUGUUAUGGGUUUCAAAGAAAACAUGUUUGUGCCAAAUCAAUCUGAAACAUGAAAUGAAGUCCCCUUUAUCUGGGUGCAGUCAUGUAACAUUACUUUAAAACACACAGGAAGUUAAACUUCGCUGAUCUGCUGAAAAUGUUUAUAGAUCAAAAACAAGUUAGAACCCUCUUCAAAAACCUCGUGAAAUCCACUCGACCGAGGGAAAGUUCUUCAAGUCUGGCUCCUCAGAGCAGUUUUGGAAAUAUACAAAAGAAAGUUUUUCUUUCCUCAAAUUAAGCUUUAAAAAGGUAAAACAUUUGGAUAAAGGCAGGAAUGCUGUUUUCCUCCUCUUUAUAUGUAAUAUGAUGAAACAUUUCUAAACCUGGAGUCUCUAAGAAGAAGUCCCUGUUUGACCGCUCACGCUGUGCAGCAGCUUCUGUUUCUGACCUUUGAAUGGUCAUCACUGGGAUGAGAGCGGGUCUGCAGCUGAAACUCAGCAGCCGUGUCAGCCAAGUCGGACAUGAAGCGAGACCAAAUUGAAAACAGAGGAAACACUUUGGCCACACCAACACAAUCUCCUCUUAUCAACUGUGCUAACUGAAAGAUUUGCCUUCCUGCAACUUCAUCCACUCACAAAAAUGAAAAUGAAAGUGAAGUGUCUUUCAAGGUUUUUAGAAACUGAAGAGAAUCCAGUGCACUCUGCAGAUGAAUAAGUGUAAGUGGGGACUGGGUCUUUCAGAAAGUACCAGCUGCUCUGAGGGCAGUUCAGAGGCGUACAAGGAGACACAUUUGAUUUCUUCUUUUUUAUAAGCCAGAACAUUUCUUCUCCAGCUGAUAUAAAGCAAUAAUAACCUUAACGAAGGCUCAGUGUGUCUCUCAUCUUUGCAGAUUGUUGCUGCUAAAGCCUUUAACUGCUUCUAAUGUUUUUAAAGAAGUGCAAGGGUUCUUCAGAUCAUUUGUUUUCUAAAGACGUGCAAAGUCUUGUUAAAUAUAUUUGAGAAUACAAAGGAAGGAUAUCAUUUCACUAUCAUUUCUGUCAACCUGGAAUUUCGGGGUUUGCCAGGACACAUCCAGUCCUGAUGACUAAAAGGCUUUUCGAGGAUUUACUUUGUGUCCUUUAUUCAGAUUUUAAAUGAAAGACUGCAGUUACAUUCCUCCUGCUUCACAAAGUUUAGUGAAAUCGCAAAAUAAGUUAAAAAGAAAUGAUCUUAAUAAGAAGCUUAACGCGACUUUGUAACCAUUUGUCUAAUGUCCAAAGUUCACUCAGACAGAGACACAAACAUAGUUGUUACAGCUGUAAAAGUAUGUAAGUACACCCAGGUCAUUUUCACACGGACUCUUUGUCUGUAUUUACAGAGGAAAUAUUAAGGUAUGAAGGGAAUAUUUUUAAAAAAGAGAUUUUUGCUUUAUAAUUUCAAGACAAAUGUGUCCGUGUUAUUGUCAACUGUGAAUGUGCUGUUGAGUCACGGGAUGUUAGUUUUGAAUUUUGUCACUUUCUGCUGUUUGCACUGAUUUCAAGCUUGGCCACUGCGAACAUGUGAACACGUUUCGUUCUUUGUAUAUUUGAUUUAAUUUGUUUUGAUUGGUUUUAAAUGCUCGCUUCCUUUUGCUCCUCAUUUGUUGUGUUGUUAUGUGAAUCCAAUCAGCAGACAGUAUGUAUUUAAAGAUGUACCACAUUUCCAUUUUAAUCAAACGACACUAAUCAUUGCCAUCAGUUUGUUUCUAUCUGCUUUGGUUUUGCAUCGUGUUUCUGUUGUUUUUGGAAACAGCACUUUGAUGGUUAUAUUUGGCUGUGUGUUCAUGUGUUGAUGUUCACUUUUGUAUGUUCAAUAAAACUGCAUCAUGCUGACUGUUGUUAACCUGCUAAACUUGAGGAUUAGUAUUAGUAAAUUAGUAUCGUUCUCUUGGUUGGAAGGAUGUAAACGUUUUGUUUGUUUGUUUGUUUUUUACAGUUUAAUGAAUUUCCUGUAUUAACUGUCCAGUUUUGUUGAUCAAUACAAUAAGAGUAGCACAAAUUACCAAGUCAGAAAUAAGUAGACUUAGUAAGGAACCAAGCAAGAAAAAAUAUAGCACAAGCUAAGGUUUUACAUGUGUUUCUUUCUAGAAGCAGAGCAGGAAUUUAUCUAAAGAGAUGCAGCUGAAAUAAAAUCAAUAUGUCUUUGA